CAUUAUUAUUGCGUUGCUAGUCGUUGCGGAUUGGGGGCUCGAUAUUGUCGAAGCUUUCGUGAACGAGUCAACCGGGGUCAUUGUAUCAGGACCUACGGCAAUAUGCUACACGUUCUCACAGAAUUCGUUUGCGAGCACCUACACAAAGGGCAAGCUGAUUAUAAGCACUACCUUCUCCAAAUGAGCCACACUGACGGUCACUUCGUAGUAACAAUCACCAGCCUUGUUAUUUCUGUGGUCUUGAAUGUUGUAACGGUCGGUGUCAUCUGGAGGACGCUGCACAAACAACUCAGCCGGAACUCGACUGGAGUGUUCUCUCAGAGGCCUUCACUGGUAGCAUUGUUGCUGAGAGACGGCACGAUUCAGUUCGUAACGUUAUUACUGCUGAACAUCAGCAUCGACGUCCUGGUGGUUAUUGGCCAGAAUGCCGCAUAUGUUGUGAACAACUUGGAAAUACCACUCAACGCCAUUCUUGUCUCUCGUAUUUUGCUAAAUAUCCAAGAAACGGCCCAAGCCGCGUGGAGGGAACAAUCCGAUACUCCCUCGUUUGUGCGCUCACGCCAUGGCGUGCAGACUGGCGCGGCCAUCGACAUUCCCAGCCUUGUGAUCCAUUCUGAUGCCUCAACCAGCAUUCCUGCAAUUGACCCAGAGGCGGAACCCUCCGCAGCCACCACCUGCCAGGCAAACACCGCUGCAGAUGAGUCGAUGGUCGCUGGCCCUUCGGAUCAAGAUCGUCAUCACAGAGCACAACAAGUUGAGGUACCCAUGGAGGCCGGAUCUUCUGGUGAAGGCUGCGAACACGAUCCGGAGCAAAGGCAGGCGGAGGGAGCGGCCGCAGAGAAUUGGGAAGAAGAAGAUGAUUGGGAGGACGACCACUAAGAUGAGCAGCAGGAGUUGUUUGUGUGACGUGUUUUGGAAACUGUCCGCAAUUCUUUCCCUGUCUCCGAGAACAUUCCCGGUAAUUGGCCGCAAGCGUCCAGGUUU